CAGUGGUUGUCAUGGCGACGCGUUGCCCUCAAAUCACACAGUUUGAGUGGCAGGCGGACGUUUACCGGGACAAUGAGUGCAGAGGUGUGUUUCAACAACCAACUCUUCAAGAGGACUUUAAACCUCCUGAGCGUCACACACUAAAUAUCUGAGCCAACAGCAGCCAAGGCCAGCAUGUCAGGGACAGGCCUUUGUAAGUCACAGGCAGACUGUGACGAUGGAGAAGUUACAGAUAAAAGACAGGAAGAUGUCCCUGUCCUUGAAACUGAUGUGUUGACCAGAGAGCAUGGUUUGGAAAAUAAGUCAGGUUCUACUGAAAAUGUCCCAGAACACACAGAUGACAGCUCUUAUCACGUCACAUGGACAGUUUACAUUGCUCUAGCUGUCCCAAGAGGAGAAGAAGCUGAUGUCCCGGAAGCUCCUGAAAAGGCUAGGAAAACAAAUAAAGAUUCAUCUGUGUUGGUGAAAUCCCAUAAGGCUCAGAGCUGCUAUCAUAUUGAAUACAAGUUGUUGCCAGGUGAUACAGAGACAGUCAAAGUGGACCUAGUAAUGUUUGGACCAGUAGCAAAAAUGUACAAAGAAGAUGAGUUCAAGAUUCUAAGAAUAUGGCACGAAGUGGAUCAGACAUGGGUCGGCUGGUCCCAGAAUUUCAACGUCAGAGUCAGCAGGGACAUGUUGAUCAGUCUGCUUUCUCAUAAGAUCAAGCUCCUGAUUUGGAACACUAAGGACAAAUUGUCCAGCCAGGCUCGCUAUGAAAGACUGAAAGUCUUCAGACUGCCACAGGAUCAGCCUGAAGAUGCACCAGACAUGUGUGGUGAUAUCAAGACUAUGGUAAAUCAACUGAGAACCUUAUUUGAGAGGAAGUCAAACAUAUCUAAAAAGCACAAAAGUAAUAUACUGUUUCAGUCUGAUUCAGAGGCCUGCUCCGAAACAGGAUUUCAAAAACCCACAACUGUCGCUUGCAACCGUGAGGAUAUCAAAAAGAAUGGCAAUGCCUCAGCUGAGAUCAGUCCCAUCACUAUGUUGGCAGGUGAGACCUCAUUGACGGAACGCUUCCAAGUCUGUUCAGCUGGUGUAUUUGAGGUCAUGUGCAACAUCUCUCUGAACAGACCAUUAAUAUCCGACCAACUGAAGGCUGAUCUCAAUCCACUGGUCAUCACAAUUUUGUCAGCCAUCUCAAUGCCUUCGUCCACUGUCCCUUUCCACGUCCUAGAGGAAAAAUGUGUGCCUGUAUAUUGCCAGUACAAGUUCCAUAACUUGAGCACGCACAGAACAAACUAUCACAAGCACGGCACCAACAUCUACAUCAGAGAUGUGAAUGUGAUCCUGACUGGCUUGAUGAAUCCUGAAGAGCUCAAAGAGUUCCUCUCCGGUCCACCUAUGGAGAUAGCGGUCCAUGAUCGGGACAGAAAGCUGGAAGAAACACCAAAAAUUCCAGCAGUGUUUGGCACGCGGUCAGAAGACAUCCUGUGUGGUGAGUCGCUAUUAAAACAGAAGGCAAGAGUCGUGAACUCGCAUGGUAUUGCAAGACUGAACCUCUCAGAGCUGCUACUUGGGAGGAAAAGCCUACAGAUGCACUUACCAAUCAAAUGCUGCCCUCUACCUCCGCUGCUGGACAGAGAGCGAAGUGCAUGGAACAGGAAGACGACCGACACGGCAGCUAGCAGACAGCCCAUGCCACAAGGCCGUUAUUUUGAUGCCAAUUCUCAACUCAAAGUCAAGGUUGAGAUAGCCUUUCCGCUCAACGUUAAAAAAGACGGCUGUGAAUUGGAGACCUCUGAUCCGUUUGGGCGCAUCAUCUACCUCUUCGAUUACAACAACGUCUCUGUGAUGACCGAGCUGAGGUCAGAGAUCCUCAGAAUCAAUGCAUCAGCUUUUCAUAUUUGCUCUCACUCACUGGAAAAUCUAGAGAAAGCCCUGUCAAACUACAGACUGAAUUUCAAGAACAGUGAGAGCAAGGAUCUGGAUUUUGUUACAGGAUUCCACAUAGUAGACAAGAGGACACACAUCUUUGUUCUUGAAGGGCUGAAACAAAAAGCGGUGAAGAGAAUUUGGGAGGCUGUUCCUAUGAAGCUAAGUGGGAAUGAGGAGGAGCAGGUGAUAGUCCUCUACAAUUCAAACCUGGGUUUCUACAAGCGCAUCUAUGACUCAUUAGAUGUAGGCCUGAGUCCUAUCCAUUUAUAUGAGUCACUAGAGACCAUCAUCAGACAGCCUCUGGUCUACAUUAGAGGCACGAUCCCUCAACCCUGCUUCCAAGCUUUGUCAAGGUUAAGCCAGCUUUGUCAAGCAAGGCAACUCAAAGAUGUGGUGCAGUGCAACCUCUUCCCCUCAGCUGACAUGAUUCUCAGCAUGAGCAAGGAAUAUGGCACAUAUGCUGAGCAGCGGCAAAUGAAAGCCAGUAGAAAAACUGAGGUGGACAUGCUCACUAUGCCUGUCUGGGUGAAAAGACAUGCAACACUCGACUCUUACAACAGAGAGUACAUGAAAUGGAAACGCCAGCAGAUGAUGCUCAAACAAUCCAAGGACUUCAUUCAGGAGAAUAUUAAAAAAGUGCAAGAGCAAAGUGAGCCUAUGAGGAAGCCAGAGGCUGCUGUGUUAGGGAUGGAACCGUCUGCAGUCAGGCCAGCACACAACAGCAGCAUCCAGACCUUCAACUCAAAUGAGCAAGCCAAGGAGAUGAUCCGCAAAGAGAUGGCCCAGGUGCCAGGGCGGAGGUUUACCUACGGUCAGCGGUAUCACAGUGCUACAGUGAUGCCAGGAGACGUGACUUCUAAAAAUGACCCCAGCUUCACGGCAGCCUCCACAGUAUGGUUCACAAGUAUGAGAGGUGACAAAUCCAAAGUGCACCCCAGACACCCAGAUGAGGCUCGCGUGGAAGAGCUGAGGAAGCCAUGGAAAGAGAACACCCUACAUGCCAACGUAUUGAAGCCCACACUUUCACGGGACAUAUGGGCCUGGAGCCAGCGCUCUGAGGACUUUCAGCUCUACAGCAAGCCUCCCCCUUUCUUCAGCCCACCUCCUGUCACCAUUCACCUGCCUGGAGACCCUCUGCAGCAGGAGCAGCUCGAGGCUGCCAGAGCUCAGUACAGUCGCUGGCUGAAGAAGUUGCUUCCUGGCGGCAGCACCAACCCAUCACGCAACGGCCUCUUCUCAGAGUUCAAGUGUCACAUGGGAGGAAACUCAUUGAGAAUUCAGGAAAUACUGAAAGAUGAGCCUAAGAAAUAUUCCCUGAGGAAAGCAGGCAUGAUGUUGAAGCCUUUGCCUCAACUGUCUGUGAUGAACUUGGCCAACGACAAAGCUGAGGAAAUGAAAAGAGUGGCUCUGGCUCCAGGCCCCUGUGUGGACGUCAGUCUCUGCAGGAAAAACAGCACCACCGGCAGACAUACAGCUCCGGAUAACAAGUACCACUACAUUGGAUUCAAUAAGCAGCACUCAUUCCUGUACAAGCGGACCGCCCUGCCUCUGACAGACCAGGAGAAGAGUAUCUUCACUUUUCAAACUUAAGCGCCAAACAUCACACGAACAUCCGCUGUCCAGCCUUUCAGGAAUAUUGUAGAAGCCAGAACCCACAAAAACUGUACCUUGUAUACCAAAUAGACUCAUGAGCAUUAAAA